AUGAUCCUGCUGGAGGUGAACAACCGCAUCAUCGAGGAGACCCUCGGCCUCAAGUUCGAGAAUGCGGCGACCGGGAAUAAACCAGAGGCGGUGGAGAUGACAUUUGCAGACUUUGAUGGCGUUCUGUAUCACAUCUCCAACCCCAACGGUGACAAGGGAAAAGUGAUGAUCAGUAUUUCAUUGAAGUUCUACAAAGAGCUGCAGGACCAUGGAGCGGAUGAGGUCCUGAAGAACUCGUAUGGAAAUUACCUUGUUGCUCCAGAAUCAGGUUACAAUGUAUCUUUGCUGUAUGAUUUGGAGUCGUUGCCUCAAAACCGAGACUCCGUUAUCCACCAGGCCGGCAUGCUAAAGAGAAACUGCUUUGCCUCCGUGUUUGAGAAGUACUUCAGGUUUCAGGAAGAGGGAAGAGAUGGGGAAAAGAGAGCCGUCAUUCACUACCGGGAAGACGAGACCAUGUAUGUGGAAGCCAAGAAGGACCGGGUGACUGUGGUGUUUAGCACAGUGUUCAAGGAUGACGACGAUGUGGUGAUAGGAAAAGUAUUCAUGCAGGAGUUUAAGGAAGGGCGCCGCGCCAGUCACACAGCACCUCAGGUCUUGUUCAGCCAUCGAGAGCCUCCUCUGGAACUAAAGGACACAGACGCAGCAGUGGGCGACAACAUCGGUUAUAUCACAUUUGUGCUCUUUCCUCGUCACACCAAUGCCAAUGCAAGGGACAACACCAUCAAUCUCAUUCACACAUUCCGGGACUACCUGCAUUACCACAUCAAGUGCUCCAAGGCUUACAUCCACACCCGUAUGAGAGCUAAGACAUCUGACUUCCUAAAGGUCCUGAACCGCGCUCGUCCCGACGCAGAAAAGAAAGAGAUGAAAACUAUAUCGUAA